AUGGCCGAGCCAAUGCAGACUUCUGAAACAAUCGAUCCGGAUUUGGUCAUGGAUCCUGUCGUUCCGAGUUUACCUCUUCGUGUCGUACGGAAAAUUGCGCUCAGAUGCGAUCAUCAGACUCGGUAAGCAUUUCUUCCAGAUUUCCUGUCAAAAUUGCUCGUAUUUCAGCAAAACCCUACGAGCUUGCUCCACUUUGGCUAAAGAGCAUUUCGACAAGUUGCCACAUCACUACUUCAAAAUCGAAGUGUAUUUCUACACGGAUUGCGUUCAAAUGUACUUGACGACGUACAAUAUGAAGACUGUGAUUCUUAACUUUUUCAACGAGGUGUCUGACGGAAUCACCACCGGAGUUCGUACGUAUCGUUUUUCGCAAGAAUACGACUACACCCACAAAAAGCCGGGAAAGGAUUGUCUUGUGAUGGCGAUCGAUGAGCUCAAGCUGAUCUUCAGAAAGGAAAAUCUUAAAAUCGAUUUGCUGACAAUCGAACCGCGAAACAAAGCUUACCACAAGGGCCUUCUACUUUGGGAAUGCAAGGGAGACAUCGAGAAGACGCUGCCUCCGAAUCCCAUCGAGACGGUCUACCUCGGACUCAGGACCAUCCUCAGCUCGUUGGGGCGACUCGUCAAGGUGCGUUGCUUCGACUUCCAGUUCGAUCGCAAGAAAAUGCUGCUCGUCUUCCUCCCCUUCUUCGAAGCGGGAUAUCUUAGACAAUUGUGCCUCCGCACUACCCUCGAUUACCCGCGCCUUGAAGCCAUCUUCGAAAUGGAGCAGGUCAGAAAGCUGAAGACUCUGCAGCUGCCAAACACAGAGGUGCCGGUCAAGAAACUCUACUGCUUCCCAGGCUUUUCGGUCACCUCGAGAGUGCCGAGCAAAGAGCAAAUGCAGCGUGUCAUUCAGGUUAGUGCCACAACGAUUCUAGUAAAUAAGAAAUUCAAAUUUUCAAUUGUAAGAAAACAUAGGGAAACUUCUUUGAGAGUUUGUUCGCCUUUAAAUUUUUAUUUUCAGAAGCUGCACCAAGCUCCAUCAUUCGACCACUGCUUCCUGUACUGGCCGGCCGGAAGCGUCGUCGACUACGUGGCUCUCUUCGGGUCCGCCGGCACCGAAUACAUUGCAGGCGGUCAGUACUACGAGUUUGUUGGGGAGCAAUACACGAUGGCCGCUAUUGCCAACGUCGACAACAUCAAGUUCCGCCGCAUAUAA